GAAAAACGCCUCUGACUUUCAGCUGAAGAUCAUAGUCUCUAACAUAAAAUAUAAAAUACGUUUUUAUUAUUGAUUAAUCUGAGUAUUUAUUUGGUUAUAGUUAUUUGGUGUAGGAAAUAGUAAAAAACGUCUAUCACUGUCUCCUAAACGCCAAGUUAAUGUCCUCAAAUGUCUUGUUUUCUAUCUAAUAAAACACAUUCAGUUUAUAGUAGACAGAAAACAAAAAACCCAGAAAAUAUUAGCAUUUUAGAAGCUGGAACCAGAGAAAAAAGAAGACACAAAAUAAUCAAUUAUCAAAAUAGGUAGAGAUUAAUUCAGUUAGAUAGUUGGCAAAUAAUUGAUUGAUUGAUUGAUUGAGUGAUUGUUGUAGCUCUAAAAAGUAAGAGUUUAUUACUCAGACUGGCUUUUUUUUCUUACAUUACAGUGAAUCUUUUAGCCUGCUGCACCCAUGCAGUCAUCCAUAAUGACUACUUUAGGCUUUACUCCUGCCAAAGAACAGGAUGUUUUCAAGGCUGAAGCAGGAGAGCAGUCCAGCUCUCAAACAAGCAGGGUAAUCAGCGGGGAGGAGGCCAGAAAGUUUUAUGAAAAUCUAAUAAAAGAUGAUAGAGGAGCAGAUAUAGGUGGUAAGACACAUGAUGGGAGAGAGCGGCAGAUUAGAUCGAGGAACAGAGAGUCCAGUAGAAGAGUGAGGAGGAGGAGAGUCAGAGCUUCAGAGAUGCAGCGGCUUCAAACUAACACUGUGGUGGAAAGAAGAGUCGGUGAUGAAAGCAGAGAGACGACAGCAGGAGAGACGAGUAACUCAGAAAGAAAUAUGGAGCUCUGCGGGCUCCGGUUUCUGCGCUGUGCCCAUGAGGGGGACCUCUCCAGCCUCAAAGAGCUGCUUUCAAAGGGGGUCGACAUCAACUUCCAGGACACUUAUUUUUGGACGGCUGUGAUGUGUGCAAGCUGGUCAGGACAAAGAGCUGCUGUGAGGCUGCUGCUGCAACUUGGAGCAGCCUGGGUGGGAGUGGUCGACACACAGGGGAGGGAUGCCAAAGAUCUGGCAGUGGAAGCGGGACAUAGUGGAGUGUUGGAGGAGUUGGAGAGCUACGGGAGACGUCCACAGACAGAGAGACAAACUGAGAGCAGUGACCCCCAGCGUCAGUGGUGUGAUGUGUGUUGUAGCGAGUACAGCGGCAGCCCUUCAUUGCAUCUUUCCUCCACUCUGCAUCAGUUCAGUCUGCGCCGCCCGCCGCCAACUCCCUACUACUGUCUACCGCCCUCCUCCAACAGCUACAAGAUGAUGCUUCGUUGUGGUUGGAGGCCAGGGACAGGGCUGGGGCCAGAGGGAGAGGGGCCUAAACAACCUGUGGCGACUGUGCUGAAGAGAGACCAGAAAGGCCUCGGGUUUGGACAGCUGAAAAGAGCCAAAGUCACUCACUUCCAAGCUCAGGAUCGUGAUGCAGUCAAACCACCAUCCAAGGAGAAAGAGGAGCAGGGAGGAAAAGGGAAGAGGAAGGAAGGAAUAAGGAAAAAAGAGCAAAAUGAUAAGAACUGGGAAAUAGAUUUCCGUAACUCUUUUUACCUUUGAUGCCUGCUCUAGGACAUUAGAGAAUCUAUUAAGACAAUAUGUUCCUGUUUUGUAUUUAAAGCAGCGAAGUUGUUAUUUUCCCAUGAGGCAUAACGCGAAUAUCAUGACUCUACCUCAACACUGACUGUCCAUUUAUGCAGCGUCACACUGCCGACAGGUUAUGCAAUGACUAAAUCUGACAAUGAUUAAUUUAAUCUUUGAUUGAUCCCGAUUGUGUUUACUCUGUGUGAGCAAACAUACAGUGUGUUUAUUCUUUACCCACUAAGACUGUUUCAGAGGGUUUUAUGAAUGGGUUUUAUUUGCAUUAAUUAAAGAAUACAUCAGCCUUAAACAAUCAAACAAAUAUCAUUUUUCAUGACCAAGCAAACAUAAUUUUUAUGUUACAUGUUUUAUAUGCUAUGCUGAUAUUAUUCAUGUUGUAAUAAAACAUAAAAGUAAAAAAUACCUAAA